ACCCGGGGGGGAGUUCGGUAUUCACACCCGCAGCGCAGUUAUUGUUGUCCGGCCGUUAGCCGGCAUGCUAGCCGCGUAGCGCAGGGCGCCGGCUGCUCGCUGGAACGGAAUCGAUCCUCCUCGCAAACCCGCGUGAAAACGGCGGAUACCGCCUGUUAAUACUACAAAAAUGGCACAUUGGUGUGCGUUGAAAUCGGAACCAGCUUUGUCAGCGAAGAAACCGGAGCGGGUUAUGAAUCGGAGAGGGUCGCUGGAGGCUGCUGCCCUCCUCUCCCUUUCUUUGUCGUAACUAUCGUCGCUCCUGUCACCGGAGGGGUCGAGGUGUUGACAGCGUGUGUGGCCGUAAACAACGACUCGCAUCUCGGGGCUUAACCUGGCCGUUACCGACCGAUGUCUCUCCUAGCAAAGAGUACCUUGUGUGUGCUGUGCAGCUCGCAGGUUAACCGAUUAUUGGUGACGAGACGAGACCCCCCCGGGUCCAAAUAGCAAAAUCAACAACUCACAAUCUGAAAGUUUGCCUUUCUCUUUAGGAUAGUUUGCCACACGCGUGUCCCUCUUUGUUUUGGCACCAGUUGAAUGGCCUCGUUAGUGAGAACCCAUCAGAGCUGCUCAACUUAAUGAGAUAACGUAGCCUCAUCCAUUUAACUCAGCAACCGUGGGUUUAGCCGGUGUAUCACUGCCUGCUCUGCUUAAGUGGGCUACCGACUUAUUCCUGGGUGUUUGGCUGCCGUGAUCCUCUUUGGGAAUGUCCAUUAAUUACAGUGAACAGACUACAACACCAGGAUCGUACCUUUUCCACAAAGAGUCGCCAGAUGUGGGGUCGAGGCUGUCCGCUUCAUCACAUCACACUGACUACGAAAUAACUGUAUCACGACUCCGAUGAGUCGACUUGACAACAGUCGACAACAUGAAGGAAACGUUACGUUCACAUUUCAAUGUACCAUACUGUGACCUUUAUGUGAGGUCCAAGCCCUAAAGGAGCGGGUCAUAGACGGGAGGAGAGACUCGGAGGAAAGCAUCUGGCCACACAAGCCCGGGAUACGAGUUUUUAUUUUUUAAUUAAGCCCCUCCCCCCCACCCCCCCACAAGUCAACCACAGCCGAGAGGGUGUCACCAUGGAGGCCAUCGCCAAAUACGAUUUCACAGCUACUGCUGAAGAUGAGCUUAGUUUCAAGCGUGGGGAAGUCCUCAAGGUAUUAAAUGAAGAGUGCGACCAGAACUGGUACAAGGCGGAGCUAAAUGGAAAAGAUGGCUUCAUUCCCAAGAAUUACAUAGAGAUGAAAGCCCAUCCGUGGUUCUUUGGGAAGAUCCCCCGCGCCAAAGCAGAGGAGAUGCUAAACAAACAGAGGCACGACGGGGCCUUCCUCAUCAGAGAGAGCGAGAGUGCGCCAGGAGACUUCUCCCUCUCCGUGAAGUUUGGAAAUGACGUCCAGCACUUCAAGGUUCUUCGUGACGGGGCUGGGAAGUAUUUCCUCUGGGUGGUGAAGUUCAACUCCCUCAACGAGCUGGUGGACUACCACCGCUCCACCUCCGUCUCUCGCAAUCAACAGAUCUUUCUGCGAGACAUCGAGCAGGUCCCACAGCAUCCCACGUACGUGCAGGCGCUCUUUGACUUCGACCCCCAGGAGGAAGGAGAGCUGGGCUUCCGACGCGGAGACUUCAUCCAGGUUCUGGACAACUCCGACCCCAACUGGUGGAAAGGGGGCUGCCACGGCCAGACGGGCAUGUUCCCCCGCAACUACGUCACGCCUGUCAAUCGGAACAUGUAAACAGUAAACAACACACCGUGUAAACGAUGACAACAACCACAGAAGCAAAACAACACCACCAUCGUCAUCCUCAUCGUCCUUGAUCCCAUCAGCCCCAAACAACAACAACAACAAUCGCCCCCCUCCUCCCCCAUCCAACCGCCCCACCUCGCCCUCCCACCAGAACAGGAGCAGACAGGAAGAACGCAAACGGCCAACAGAGAAAUAGAGAGAAUGAGAGCAGGCGGGAUAAAUUGGGUGUAGUGGCGUCGCUGUGUCGGCUAAAAUCAUAAAAAAAACUUUUACUCGUGCCGAGUUUGUCGGCCGGCCCCUGAACGCCUCGGCUGAAGGACGUAGCGCUCUUUGAGGGAGAUCUGAGCGCAGAGAAACUAAGAGUAGUGCACCACCUGUGAAGAUAACCGACCGAUGGUCCCACCGCUGCUUCUGUCUUCUGCUUAACUUCUUAACAUUCUGCCCCUUCUUUUGUGGGGUCUUUGUUCUCUCCCUCCCCCACACUUUCUUUCUUUUGUUUUGUUUGUUUUGCCGCAUGUUUUAAUUACCUAAAUGAAAUGCCUACCGAUAAGUCCUAACUCUGUUUUAAAGAAAAAAAAAUGCACCAAAAAAAAGAACAAAAAAAGCUGAAGAAAUUGUUUUAAAAAUAUACAAAAAAGAAGAGAGGAAAAAAAAGAUGCAAUCUACAGUACUGCAAGUUUCCAUGUGUAAGAUCCUUGGCACGAGAGCAUUGUACAUCAGCCCCCGGCUGUAUAAAUAAAUCAACUAUAGAGAGAAUCCAUUUUUUAAGAAUAUAUAUUAUAUAUUUGUAUGUGUUUGUCUGUUUUACCAUCCGAAAUUGUAUUUUUUUUUUUCAUUUGUAAAUGAUGUUUUCUUUCAUAGUCUGGAUAAGACAUAGUAGCUCUAGGAUAUGCUGAUUUAUCUCCUUCUUUCUUUUCCUGAAUCUAUCUGGGGGCCCUCCAACAACGCAGCACGAUAUUUCAGCGGUCAUAAAUUCCAUUGGAAGAGGCUUCUCUUGUCGGCGAGCGAAGGUGAAGUUAGUUCUCUGAGAGGAAACCGAUCCCGUGAGGAAAGCUGUCGUAUGACGCAUCCCCAUGUGGAAGGUCAAGCCACCUGUUUUUUGUUCAAAGCCAAUGUAUUUAUUGCAGCCAUUUUACUUGGGCAGCGAAUGUAGCUGACUCGAGUCCACAGACAUUCACACGAGGGGAGCGAGGUCGGAGGACUGAACUACACGAAACGUGCAAAGGAUUCCUGCGAUGGCCUUCGUUCAGGAGAGGCGCCGCGUGUGUGUGUGUGUCUGUGCUUCUGGGGACACGUGCCGGUAGUCCACGUGAAUAUUCACGGGUGUCCGUCAUGAGUACACGCCAACACGCGCACGCACGCCGCUCUCCUCCUCGCUAUACCUGCACGUAGCAGAGAGGCCGAGUUCGGAGAAUCGCGCCGUGUGCGAAAGUCACCGGUGCAGAUUAACAGUUCAGAAAACCGAGAGAUUCUUUUUAUGCUCAAAGUUGAGGGAUCAGCUUCAAUGAUGUAAACGUUGUUUUGUUUUUGUUUCUCUUCUGUCCAGUGUGGCAUGUGGUCAAGCACUUUUCUGUUUUCUCUAAGCAUUUUGAUUUCUGGUUGUGUGUGUGUGUCCUUUGUUCAGUGUUUGUGUUGUCUUUGUGUUCUCUCUGGAUAGUGCCUUUCUCUCUGGUGUUUCAGUGUCUCCGACCUGCUACUUUGAGCCCCCCCCUCCCAACCCCCACCCACGCCAUUGGGGCCUGCCAGUCCUGCAGUGAGAAACAGUGUAUAUAAACCAACCCCUCCGAUCCAACAAUGACCCCCUCACCUCCCCCACUACAUCAACCCGCCUCCACAGUUUAUCCUCACCACCAUGGAACUCUCCUUAUUUAAGUGUCUCUCGCCUCGUCUUACCUAAUGAUACUGGGUUUCUUUUUGUUUUUGCUCUUUUUUUUAUUUGUUUUUUUGUUUUGUUUUUUCAAUUAAUAAAAUGCAAUUAUUAUAAAAUGA